AUGCCCUCCCGUGGAGCAAACACCCUCUCCGCACUGGUACUUGAAGAACGCACCUUGCGCGCGCGGAAACAAAACGUUGCUAGUUUCGGAUACUCUUGGAUCCGACCGGCAGGAUGCGCGAAGACGAUGCUGGGGAUGAAAGAGGCAGAGGCAGAGCGUGAAGAGGCACUUGCUGCUGCAGAGGCAGAAAUGGCGGCUCAUGGCGAGGGGAUGGUAGAUGACGAGACAGGGAUGCCGCGUCCGGAAGGCGAGGAGGGAGAAGAAGAAGAACAGGGCAUGGAGCGCGAUUUGGAUGACGAGAUCCCCGAUGCCGAUGCCGAUGCGGAGGGUCUUAUUGAGGAAGGAGAGGAAGGGCUUGAGGAGGAGGAUAACCCCGACGAAGAAGGGUAUAUGGAGCGAGAUCUGGAUGAUGAUAUUCCCGAAGGAUAUCCUGAUGAUGAUUACGGCGAGCAAGGCUUCUUCGAUGUCGACGAGGAAGAUGUGGACUUUGAUAAUCAGCCUGAUCUGGACGCGGAGAUCCCUUCUGCUGCAGGUGACGAGGAAAUGAGCGAAGAGGAAGAGGAAGGCAUGGCUCGCGACCUGGACGAUGAGAUCCCGGACGCCGCGGAAGAUGGGUCUGCACAGGGAGAGGAGUGGCAGCACACCGAUACCGAGGAUGAGCUAGACGACGACGACGACGAUGAUGACGAAGGAGACGAGUCGAGUAUUGUCCGCGAUCGAUUUGCAGAGAACUUCCGCACCAGCACGCCCAACACCCACGGCGGCCUCCCUCCGCCGCCGGUCCGGCGAGACCGUGAGACAGACGCACAGCGCCGGUUCUUGCAACGCUGGAGUGGAGGUGGUGACGCGCUGGAUUCCAGCAGCAUGCUCUUUGACGACGAUGAUCUCCGUGCCUCAAUCACAAGCCAGGGCAGCCGUCGAAGCGGAUUUGGUAGACGGUUACCGCGACGGGUAGGCGGACCCAGAGACAGCCUUAGUUGA